UCACUUCCAGGUCAAUUGUGUUAAUAAUGGCUACCUCAUUCAGCUAAUGUUUAUGUUGUUGUUUGUACAUUCUUAAAAUGCUAGAUCUAUUCAUUUAUACAUAGAUCUAGAUAUCUAGAUCUAGUAUUGAAAGUGGGUAGUUGGAAUUUACACAUACUAGAUCUAAUGCCAAUAGACAGCCCUAAAAUGUUUUCUAAACCGAAGAGCUGGCUUAAUGGUACGCUGUGGAAGCCAAAAAAUCUUCAUUCGUUGGAACAUCUGAAGUUUCUGUACAAUUUGUUGUGCAAGAAUCAAACUGUAACAGAACAGAAUCGAAGUCUUCUAGUAGAGACAUUGAGAUCUAUCUCUGAAAUAUUAAUUUGGGGAGAUCAGAAUGACAGCAGUGUCUUUGAUUUCUUUCUGGAAAAAAAUAUGUUGUCCUUCUUUCUGCGCUACUUGCAACAAAAAUUUGGUCGCUACAUUUGUGUGCAGCUGCUGCAGACGUUGAACAUUCUCUUUGAAAACAUCAGCAAUGAGACUUCAUUAUAUUAUCUGCUCUCCAAUAAUCAUAUAAAUUCAAUAAUUGUGCAUAAAUUUGACUUCUCAGAUGAAGAGGUCAUGGCAUAUUACAUCUCAUUUUUGAAAACCCUGUCACUGAAGUUGAAUAAACAUACCAUCCACUUUUUUUACAAUGAGAGUCCUUCCACGCCACAUACCAAUGAUUUUGCCCUGUACACAGAAGCAAUCAAGUUUUUUAAUCACUCGGAAUCUAUGGUCAGGAUUGCUGUCAGAACAAUAACCCUCAAUGUAUUUAAAGUUGAUGACAAGGCCAUGUUGAGUUACAUCAGAGACAGGACUGCUGCUCCCUACUUUUCUAAUCUAGUUUGGUUCAUUGGCAACCAUAUUUUGGAUCUGGACACUUGUGUUCGCCAUGACCUUGAUCAUAGAAGUCGUGAUCGGUUGGCUGACCUAGUUGCUGAGCACUUGGACCAUCUGCAUUAUCUCAACGAUAUUUUCCUGAUUGACAUUCACACUCUGAAUGAAGUCUUAACGGAUAAAUUGAUCAACCGUCUGCUAGUUCCUCUGUAUGUUUACUCACUGACCAAGAGAAAGAAAUUCUCAGAGGAAGUGGAUGAUAGAAAACAUGUUAGUUGCGUUGUCUCCUUAUUUCUGUUGUCUCAGGUGUUUCUGAUCAUCCACUAUGGUCCACUAAUGCAACAGUUGGCUGAAGUCAUCUUCCAAGGGGAUGUUGCUUUAGCUCGGCAUUCAGGCCCAGGGCACAGGGACUCUCCUAAGAUGAGUAUUAGAGAGUUUCGACCACCCAGAGAAUCUCUUGAAAAAACCUUAGAAAACACUCGACCCAGGCGUAACUAUGACCAACAAGAGACUUCCAAACAAGGCAAACCUGUACCAAGUGUGUCAAGUGUCUCAAAAACGGAAGAACCAAUGGCAACAACUGUGGAAGUUUUAAGUUCACCAUCCACCGAAGGGGCCCGAAGUCCAUGCAGUGAGGUUUGUUCUGGUGAUACAGAACUGUCCAGUCCUACACAAAACUCCACAGAUGAAGAAAAGUUAAUGGGGAGAGGUCAGCACAGACUGUCAGCAGCCACAGCAUCCAGACCUCUAACAUCAGAAAAUAUACAAACUGCAUUCUCUUUAGAUAAUAGACCUUAUCUAGAAUCUAUUUUUAAUGCUUUGGAAUGUAGUGAAAACGAUUACUCAGCACUUUUUGCACUUUGUCUUUUGUAUGCCAUGGGAAAAAGUGAAGGUAUAUCUCAAAAUUUACUGGACAGUGUUCUGAUGCCAACUGAAAGAUCUGAUUGCAAGAAAAACUAUAAUUUAUUUCUGGUGGAGAGAUUGAUUCGGAUCAUAGAGCUGGCAUGUCAGACGGGUAAUAAAGUUCGCCUGGCCACACUGGAGAUAAGCAUUAAGCUGUUGAAACAGUUGGUCAACAGUGAGGACAGGUCCUACCUCCAGGACAGACAUUUGGCUUGUAUAGAAAAUGCCAGGGAAUGUUCCACUCAGUUGUUGAGGAAUUUCUACAAGAGUGAAGAAAUAUUUCUGGAUAUGUUUGAAGAUGAAUACAGAGAAAUGAAGACUCGCCCUCUAAACGUUGAAUAUUUGAUGCAAGACGCGUCUAUACUUCUUCCACCUACUGGCACCCCACUCACGGGCAUAGAUUUUAACAAGAGGCUUCCAUGUGGAGAAGUGGAGAGAGCUCGUAGAGCUAUUCGAGUUUUUUUCAUGGUGAGAGACUUGUCAAUGUGUCUGAUGCAUGAGGCAGAGACGCAGCUACCAUUGACCAAAGAGGAAAACUGUAUCAGAACUGAAGAUGUUUUAGACUUGAAUAACAGUGAUCUGAUUGGUUGUACAGUUGUCAACAGGGAAAGCCGAAGACAGGAGCGCAGAUUUCUAGUCAUUGACCCGGUCCAGUUGAUUCUGGUUGAGCCUGACACCAAACGUCUGGGUUGGGGUGUGGUCAAGUUUGUAGGAUAUUUACAGGAUGUGGAAGUGUCUGGGGAUAAAGAUGACAGCCGUCUGCUCCACAUUGUUGUACACAAGCCCCAGUCCUCGGUGCAUGCCAAGCCCAUUCCCAUCCUAGCCGCUAAAUUUGUCUUCGACGACCACAUCCGGUGCAUGGCAGCCAAACAGCGACUCAUCAAGGGCCGCCAGAGAGCCAGGCAGCAGAAGAUGAGUACCAUCGAACGAAUGCUCGACAUUUCUCAGACAGAGGAGAGGGGACAUUUUACACGCUCUGGGCCAAUACCUGGUCGAUGCCAUCCAGUCAGAGUUGAGGUGAAAAAGAGUACAAGUGGCAGCGGGUUGUUAUCUCCAACCUCUUCAACUAGUUCUCAGACGUUACCAGCUGCAGCAACAACAUCCUCUCCAUCACUCGCAGGGAACAGCAAAUUUGGCAGGAAAGUCACUCCAGAACAGAGGCGCCUCCUGCAGGCUAAAGCUGCUCAAAGAAUCAAGAGUCGACAGGAACAGCUGCAGUUUCCUGUGGGGAAAUCCAACAUGAUGAUGAGAGAAAGUUUGGCCAGAGAAGAAAUCGGUGUUGAGACGAUGGAUGCCAGUCUGGCUGAGAUGGGGGAAGAUGCUACGUCAGCCAUGGCAUUCCAGUUUUUAAAUCAAAGCUCUGGCGCAGACUACAACUCUUCAGCUGUGUCUAGAUUUCAGCUUCGAUCAAACUGGCCAGGCAACUCUAGCAUGACUGACAUUCCGAUGGAAGAUUUGUCGAAAGGCCGCAUCAGGCACAGCUCCAGUGAGAGAGUCAAGCCCGGUGGAAUGACAGCCAGGGAUCUUUUCAGAUUUCAACGCAGCUUGUCCCUGAGUCCAAGUCGCGUUAGCAGCAGACAAGAUCUCAGCAGUCCGGCUUUGGCUGAGGUCAAGGGCGAAGCAGUGCGGAGGCUGUCGGUCCCAGUGAUGCUGGACCCUACCAAGAAAACCAUCAUUACAAAAAUUACGACUCAGGGAGGACGGCCUCAUAGUCAGAGCAGUCCUGUUGACCCUCAGAUGGUAAUAAAAAUUGGUCAGGCCAGUAAUCUACCUGCACGACGCCGGUGCUUGUCUGGCCCUUCACCUGCAGCUACACUAAGAGUAGCUGAUGCCCCAGUGUUGUCUCUUGUCUCACAGCAGGUAGAUCCGACAGAUCCUAAUUCCUUUAUUCCAAUACCUAAGCUGUUGCCUCCAGCUGAUGCUGUUAAUUCAGGAGCUAGACCUAAACAGUUUGCAGCAGUCAAGGCAGAAAUGAGAGCCGAGGUCAUCAAGAACGAAGGCCUGACGGUUCAGAAGCUCAACCUCCAUGGCUUGCAGAUGGCUGCUGAGGAGAGAAGACUAGCUGACCUCAGAGAUGACCACAAAGUCUUGUCAGCCACCAGCCCUGAGACACCUUCCAGUGACUCUGCCAUGUCCAGUGACACCAGCAUGAUCAGUGUCAGCAGUCUGGCCAGCGAGAGCAGCAUGGAUGUAGACUCGGACAACAACACCAGCGCCGUACCUUUGCCUGGCCGCAUGGCUGUACCCUCGGCAACUGCUGCCGCUGGAGCUCGGCCUGCCACAGCUUCCCAACAACUGACCCAACUGGCGCAAAUGGUUCAGGAACACUACCCUUACAAAAGCUCCGAACCCAAACAGCACACAGGAUAAACAUUGAUGGUUACCGCUGCACAAGUUACAUAUUUUUAGAGAUUGUGUCUUCGAGGGCGUACUACUACCCAAACCAUUGUCAAUCUAUUUAGUUUUCUAGUACUUUGAGCUCAACACUUUCUAGCUCAAUUAGUUUUGCAUAAUUCAGUCGGCACUGUGAGUGGUUUUUCUAUAAUUUUAAGGACGUCUUAUUAACUUGAAUUGGUUGCGUGCUGUAACAUUUCCGAAGAAAGUAUUUUGAAACCUUUACAACUGAAUCUGCAGUUUGUAAUAUAUUCCAGUGUUGAGAAUUGUUUUGGGAUGUGCAGAGGAUUGAUUAGAGAGGAUGCGUUUCUACAUUCUCUACUUUGUCUCUACAUUCUCUACAUGCUGGAGAAAGCAAAACAUUGGUCUUGAAAGGGCUACCACUUCAUAUUGUCAAACAUCUGAAAGUUUUCCCCUGCUGUCAACUCCCGAAGUUUUUAUUCUCUGCUCAUUAUUUGUGUAUAGUUUGACCUUGCACAGUUUUAAUUGUAUGAAAAUGUGAUAUUACAAAAAUAAUGGUGUAAAUUAGCUUUUAUUUAUUUAUUAUUAAAACCAGUAGAGAGCAGAAGUCUGCCAGAGUCUAUGGAUUGUCAUCAUUUUCGGAAAUAUAACUUUUUUUUAUGCAAUGAAAAUUUUGUUUGAUAUUUCAUGUUUAUUUUACUUUAAUUUUGCCUUUUACCUUUAUUUGAUGCCAUCAUAUUUUAUUGAAAAUAUUUCAUUUUAAAACUGAAUUUUUCAGAAAUGUCACAAUAAGAAUAUUUUAAAGAUUUUAUGGCUUUGCAAUAUUUUAUUUGGAUUCAUAUUUGAUCACCCAUGUAUUUCAUGACUUAAAUCAAAGGACAUAUGUUUUUGUGUUCACUUGUUUUAAAUGUACAUUUUGUUGCUAGUGUUAAACUCUUUGUUUGAUGUUUGGAAUAUGAUUAUCACUAGACUAGACAAACUGGUGAGAGACUAAACAACCAACCAGUAGAUUAAACAAACUUAUCAGUAGACUAAACAAACUUACCUGUAGAUUAAACAACCUAUCUGUAGAUGGAAUAAUCUAUCAGUAGGCUGAAUAAACCUAUCUGUAGGCUAUAUAACCUACCUGUAGACUAAACAAACUUAUCUUGUAGAUUGCACAACCUAUCCGUAGAUUGAACAACCUAUCCGUAGAUUGAACAACCUAUCCAUAGAUUGAACAACUUUUGGUAGAUUGAACAAUCUAUCAGUAGGCUAAACAGCCUAUUAGUAGACUAAACAAACUAAAAAUGUGGGAAGCGAGGUCGAGAGGCUAAGUGCGCUUGAACUUGGCUUGGCUUGGCUACCUAGAAGGGGGCUCUAGGUUCGACACCCCACUCGGGCAGAGUUGUGUUUACUGAGCGCCUAAAGGCAGCACGGAAAACCAACUCUUAGAUACCCCCUCCCCCCACUGGUCCACAAAUGACAUUGGACCAAAAGUGCUUUGAGCAUGCUAUAAGCAUGAAAGUAGCGCUAUAUAAAAGCUAUAAAUAUAUAUAUAAAAUAAUUUUGAAAAAUUAAAUUUAUGAAUAGACUCAACAAAUGAGAGAGAAACAGACAAUGUAGCAGUCCAGACAGACACAAUUGAUAGAUUAGAGAAAAUGUCACCAACUAGAGAACUUUUAGAUUCCUGUAAAAACAAACAGCUGGACUAAUUUGUUACAUGAAUGUUCUUUUCAAUGUAUUUAUUUUAUUUUUGUUUCUGGGCUUUCAUUUUGGUUUUCACUGCAUCAAUGACUUCAGCAAACUUGUUUGACUCUAGAAGUCAGAAAUCUUGCAGUAGAUCUAGACUUUGCUGUCUCUUUGUUUUCUCUGUAGAUAUUGAACAUGAUGCUGAGUUUGUGUGCAUUUGGUCAGACACUGACACUUUCAAACCUAGGGCCUAGAUGUAGUCCUACAUGUUGCCCUAAAGAUAAUUUGACAUGAUUGAAACACUAGUUUGUUGGAAUGUAUCUAAGCUCUCAGGGGACUGAACUGUUUAUCUUAAUAUGGUAACACCUUACUUGACAAAGUUUUGUAGACAGGUAUAUAUAUCAAUAUAUAUACAUAUAUAUAUAUAUGUUAUAUAUAGGGUUCGUCAAAAAAAUGUAUACACACUUUAAACUGUUAUAGACAAUUUAUUUCCCGUUCUACAAUGCUAAAUUUCUGGACAUGGAAAGCUUAAUGCCCAAUGGGAAAAAUAAAUGUGAUUAAUGCGAGUAGUGUUCAAACUGGUGGCGUUCAGCAUCAGUAAUUGCAUUACACUGACUGAUAAGAAGUAUUGUAUGUUAGAAAUAUUCAGUUCUGGUCCUGUAUAAACGCAGUAUUUUUUCAAAAGAACAUUUGUACAUUGAAAUAGAUUUGAACAGGAUUAAAGGGCAGCUUGACAUUCUCCAAUGGGUGUCACUUCUAAUGUAGAAAAACACAAUUUUCUUCACAAUGACAACUGUUGACCUGUAGGACAGUAUCUCUCUGAGAUAUGUUUUGCUGGCCCAUGAAAAGUUUAGUUAAUAUUUUUUCAAAAUCAAAAAGUCUGUGUAGAAGUUGUUUGCUAUAUACAUUAGGUACCAUCUCAGCUAGACACUUGCCUAAAGUGUUAGAUAAAAAAAAAAAGAAUUUUGAAUUUUGAUUCAUGUAAUAUUUUGUUUCCCAACUCUUAGAGCUUUGGCUCUCCCCUAAAUAGUAAAUCUUAGAACUUGUUUCCUAUUUCACAUCAUUGAACCUGAAUCAGUAAACAAAGAACUACAAUGUAUUGUUACUAUUUUCUAACUUGUAAAAAAGGAGUAGUCGAAGUUAAAAAAAUAUGUGAAGCACUUUUCAGAUUAAAUUUUAAUUAUUUUCUUCUCUUGACCAAGCAUUUCAAAUAGUGGCAGGAAGUAGCAGGUUACACAACUUUAGACUUUCAUUAACCUUCAACAUCUAGAUAUUUAGAUAGUCUUUUUUUUGGGUUGUCUUUGUUAGUUUAAAAUUUGAGGGGAUUAAUUUAUUUACAAUUUCUAUUAUUUUUGUUUGAAAUACAAGACCAUGUAUAAGCUAAUAAGAGAUUUUGAGUCGUCUAAGAAACACUGAUGCAACAUUCCACUAUCCAUUAGAAGUCCAACUCUUCCCAGUGUCUAACCUGCUGUUCUCAGCUACACAGUAGAAAUAAACAAUCGCUUGUGAAAUGAGAUGUCGAAGAAAAGAAACAGUCGACAAGAUCCAAGCGAGGAACAUCAGAAGGAAAGUAGGUGUCGUACCAAAGUAGUGACUCAACUCAAAGUAAACUUGUUACAACGCCAAUCAUUCAACCCUCAUAAAUGACUGAAUACUCAAGAUCCAAGACAAAGGUCAAGAAAAGAUUGCGUUGACCUAAGAUUAGAAGAAUGGCGUCUCCCAGUCAACAACUUUUAUCUCCCUGAAGUACGCAUGAAGAUCAAGUAGUUAGUACAACAUUGGGCAGCUGUAAAUGUUUUCUAUCGACAUCUAGUUGCUCUAGUUCCAUGUAAAAAUAUAGUUUCUUUCUGCUGUAUAUCUCUCUCCACCACUGCAUGCUUCCUUUCUCUCUCUGGUCUUCUAGUCAAAUAUUUCCCAAACACAUGGGCCUAUUUGACCUGGCAUGCCAGUUACAUUUGUAGUAUGUUACGGUAAUCAACUACCAUGCUAAGUACUUGACUCAUCUGUGUACAUUACAUUUGUAGUUUGAACAUUUGUGUUUAUGUCGAUGGAAUAUUUUGUCUUAGUAAUAGUGAACUUUUCUUUUUUUAUUUCAUCAAUAAGAGUUCAGUGAGACAUGUCAUUGUGAAAGCAAUAUCACACUAAUAAGCACAAGGUCAGGUUUGACCUACAGCCUGGCAGAACUUGUACAAAUUUAAACAUUCCUCAUUUAUGUCACUUGGUGAUUUGGUUUGGGUUCAAAGGUGUCGACAGUUUUUGUUGAAAUAAAUACAAAAUGUAUGUAGAAGUAAA